AUGGACGACAAGAAAAACAAUCGGACAAACUCUUUUCCCAGGACGAAGGCCACAGCCCCACGGCAAAACGACAUUAUUCUGGGCCGUGGAAAGGGCACCCAAAAUCACCCCGGGAACAUGAGAAUGCGAAAAACCCUGUCUCAAUAUAGGAAGCAGUACAUUGAAGCAAAACAUGGGGUGAAGCAGUGCGUCGUCAAGGAGGCGUAUCACGUACUAGUUCAGGGUGACGUCCGAUUCUUGAGGCUAGAUAAGGAGGAUAAGUGGGUCUUAGUUGACAAAGAGACUGCUCUGUUGAAAGUUGGUCACUGUCUGAGGGGCGCCACCAAGAAAGAGCAGCGACCCCAAUUGAAUCCACAGGCACAGAUUGUGACCGGCAAUAGGGGCGAUGAAGGGUCGAGUGGUCAACAUCAGAGUGAUAACAUGGGCGACGAAGGGGCGAGUCGUCAACAUCGGAGUGGUAACAUGGGUGAAGAAGGGGCUAGUCGUCAAUAUCAAGGAAGUCUAUUGGGUGAAUAUUCAACAGAUGUACUUUCUACCCUCCAGUCACCUUUGAGAAACCUCUAUGGUAUCUCCAUCCCAGCGCUCGGAUCGUUACCACAGAUGCUGUCGAGGGAAAGCAUUCAAAAUCAGUAUCCUGCUGCACAGCAUGAGCUGUCAGGAUGGAGCUCAUUUCGGAUUCCCAACGUCUCUUCUCGUGCCGAGUUCCUCGGGGCUCAUUCCAGGAGUGUCCCAGCCACACCCGGUGCUGAUGCGAUUCAUCUUGCUCUGAGGGCAGAAAUGUUGAAGGAAUGGCAACAAGCACAGGUGAUUGGCGCCAUGUUACCAUAUUGA